AUGUUUUCUACAGCUCGUCCCCCUUCACAGUACCAGUAUAUUACCGCUAGACCCGCCAUCUCGCCUCCAGCCUUGCAUAAUGCUCGCUAUGCAGGAUGGGUCCGCCCCCCAAUACAACUUCCCCGUGUUGCUUUUACUAUUGAUGCCUCCUCGCGUCAUCCCUAUGAGAAUCUCAUCCAUACGCAACUCACCCCUGCACAAAUUCCAGAACGCAAGCAUCCGCUGAUACAAUGGAUUAUGUUGACUCUCAACACCGCAACAUUUCUCAUUCAUGGUCAUGGAAUGGUGGGCGGUGCUUAUAUUCCGUCUCUCCAAGGUGUUCCUGAGACGCGUACCACAGCUCAACAUGAUACAGAGAACGCAGGGCUCAUACACUGCCAUUUCACACGACAAAUGAUGCCAUCAAACCUUAACACACAGAAGGCCUUCCCACAUCCAUUUCUUGCACCACCAUCUGUACCAUUAUUAUAUGAUCUGCGCCAUCCGCCCACCUCUCUCCGUUUUCCACCAUCAUCUCCAUUUGCGGACUGCGGGUACGAAUUCCUCCGCGUCCCACUUACGCUAGAGAGGCCCAAGCAAAUACGGCUCAUCAGCCCAUACUUUCCCUGGGCGUUUGACAUCGGCCCAAGUGCCGGAGAAGAGGUUGUGACGUGUCUCGACAUUCUCUCUACUCUGCACGCUGCAUUGCAGCGCCCACUCACAGACACCGAGUGGGGCGCUGCUGGAGAUGAUAAACGUGCGAGUCUUAUCAGAGCACGCGACCGUCGUCUAAGGAUACAACCUGCAUUGCACGGGAGCUCAAAUCCUGUGGCACCCACUAGACCCACAGUAAGCUUUGAGAGAGCUGUGCCGUGGCAGCAGGAGCCGCUGCUACUCCGUGUUGACUGGCUUGGAUCCAGCGUUGCAUUCAUAGGCUUAGUCAAGGAUGAGGCUUUUGCGAAGAAGAGAUUCGUUCCGGGUGGUAGGGAGCACCCUGAGACGUGGAUGGUGAAGUUCCAAAUAUUAUGA